ACUAGAAAGAAAAAUAUAAGUACUGAAAGUCAGUACAAGCAGUGUGAAGAAGAAGAGGCAAGAAUGACUCCCGGACCUACCAAAGCCCAUGCACCAGGGCAUCCUGCGUCCAGCGCCUAUGGCCUGCCACUGUCGCCACCAUGCCCAAGAGAAAGGCUGAAGGGAAUACUAAAGGAGAUAAAGCCAAGGUGAAGGAUGAGCCACAGAGCAGAUCUGCAAGUUUAUCUGCUAAACCUGCUCCUCCAAAGCCAGAGCCUAAGCCUGCAAAGAAGGGAGACAAGGAACCCAAAGGGGGAAAGGGGAAAGCUGAUGCUGGCAAGGAUGCGAAUGACCCUGCAGAAAAUGGAGAUGCCAAAACAGACCAGGCACAGAAAGCUGAAGGUGCUGGAGAUGCCAAGUGAAGUGUGUGCACUUCUGGUGACUGUACAGUUUGAAAUACUAUUUUUUAUCAACUUUUAUAAAAAUGCAGAAUCUUCUUUUAAUUAUUUUUAAACUAUAGUAUUAGCACACAGAACACUCCCUUGAUGUUUUGAGGGAAGGGUCUAUGUAACCAAUAGAAUAUCUCUGAAACUCGAUUGAUAUAGGGGGAACACCUUUCCCUGCUAGUUUUCAGAAAAUUCCUCUUGGUUCCCAGGAAGAGGGAUUCCUUGAUGUUAGCAGACAUUAACCAUCUUGGCACAAAUGUUUUGUGGUGUGGAAAAACUAAAAUUCAUUUUUUGUGUCUUUUCUUCCCUCUCUGCUUCAACAUAGACUUGACCUCUUUAAACCCAGAGACCUGUUGGAACCUGACCCCCUCCCCGCAGUGGUUCUCAGUACGUCAGGCAUUCUGGACUUUACAGUGUCCCUGGAGAUGGUAUCUCUCAAAAAAGAGUUCCUUUUUUAGCUUGUGGAUCUUCAGAUUAAUAAUUCUGCCAUUUUCAUUUCAUUUCCUAAAAGUCAAGGUAAACUUGUGAAAAGUUAUUAAGCAACAUGCUAAAUGUGAAAUGUCAACCCUCCCUCUAAACUUUCCCUGCUCAGAGCAUCAAAUGAAGACUUCAUUGGGUUUUAUAGUGGCUUUCUGAUUUUGGUAGUCUAUUUAAGAAAGCAGUUUGAAAGUUGUAUACUGUUAAGAUUGUCUCCCCAUGUCCUGCCUGAAACACCAUGAUUGUUUAUGAAAAG